AUGUCUCGCUUGUGCUUGCUGUUGGACAAACUGGAGGGCACACCACUUCCGAACAUGACAUUUGCUUCAGUUCGUGACAUUGCACGUGAGGUGGUGGCUGCCGGCACAUCAGGGCCCGCAAUUGAACAAGAACUCACCACUCUCAGCAGUACGCAACAAGACACUUUAAUGAAAGUACUCUACUGCUGCCUUAAAAACGACUGCAAGUCUAGCGCAACAUACUUCCGCUGGCAUGCAAAGUUGUACGCUAUCGCGGGAAGUGGGUCAAUCAUACGGGUUAUGACAGAGAAACCAUUGUAG